AUGGAAUGCGCCGCAGCCUUCAUCUCAGUGGCUCUAGCAGACUUUUUCAUUUUGGGAGGUAAGGAUGAGGGACGAGAAACGAAAUUAUCAGUUGAUGUCAACGCGUCCAAGAGUGUUCCAUCGGAUGUCAAUUGGAGCCCGGUAACAGCAACAACAAUGGACGAUGAAAUGAGUAUAUUGAGCGACGACGAGGAGGAUCAUUUCGUUUCACCAAAGCAGUCCAAGGUUAUCCUGAUGGGGGAGUUCAUAGAUAAUCGCUCGAAUCGACUACAUUCUGAUACAUCCUAUAAGCCGGAAUUUGACGCUGCGAGAAGUGUUGUAGCGACAAGCAAUAAAAUCACAGCUAUAAAUUUUCAACCCCCGCUCAAGUUUCAAUCAGAUGAGAUUUCAUCAGUACGCCGGAAAACAAAGAAGCUGUCAUCUAAAUUGCGGAAACAGCUCAAAACAUCCAAAACUGACUGUGUUAAUGAAUAUCAUGGUGACAAAGGGGAGCGAAACAGUACACGAGUUCAUAUACAAGAAGCGAAGGGGCAGAAGAGACUAUCAAGAAUGGGAAUGCCAUACACAAUCCCGAAUAAAACCCUUUCAUCAUCAAGUAGAUCCAAGGAAUGGCAAGAGAAGCAAUAUGCUGGCUCUAUGCGAUUUGCUAGCGCAGCGAUUCGAGAUAGUAAGCACAAUUUCUCAACAAGAGUGCUAAGAACCAAAACCAGUACUGGGGAACUGCAGGCAAAAUUUUCGAGAAACACUCAGAACGACUUUCGUUCCAUACUUUCAUUCUGGGAAUCAAUGGCCAAUCACAGCCCACAAAGAACGGGCGAUUCUCAAGGAGAAAGAGCUAGGGGGAAUGCGUCGAGGGGAAAAGCUCCGCCUACUGCUGCGAUCAAGGCGAAGACCAACCAGCAUAAAUCUCUGGAAACUACGUCUGCAACUUACAUUCAGUGUUGCUUUCGUCAGUAUCUAAGAAGGAGGCUGGAAAGAUUUGCUGCCAUUCGGAUACAGAAACAAGCACGCGUCUUCUUUGCAAUAAAUGAAGUCAGUAGGAUACGGGAAGCUGAAAGAGAAUCUCGUAGUAGAGGCGUCGCCCUCAAUGGCAAGAAGAAGAUUCACGCAUUUGUGAAGCACUUCUCCGGGGCUAGCUAUGGCUGUCCAGUAGUGAAAGACGCCAUAACAAGAACAAUUCCGCUUGCCACAGAGAAAAUGUCCUUGUUUGCAUCAAAUCCAGCAACGAAUGAGGCUACGAGGAGUAGUUGUAGAACAAUUGGUGGGACCAAUGCAAUUACAAACGGCAUCCGGCAGGAAGACUUUUGGAGGACGCAAAGAGUCAUGCUUCAGCAUCGUUGA